AUGCCCGCUUUAGAGAACAACCCCGCCCUCGUGGCUCCCAAACGUACAUCGCCACUCUUCUCUCCAGGCACUGGUCCCGACUCCGCCCUGGUCAUCUUCGUUCUCGGCGGUCCAGGUGCAGGCAAAGGCACCCAGUGCUCCAACAUCGUGCGAGACUACGGCUUCAAGCAUCUGUCUGCGGGUGACUUGCUGCGAGAAGAGCAAGACCGACCGGGAAGCGAGUUCGGCGACAUGAUCAAAUCCUACAUCAAGGAAGGUCAGAUCGUUCCGAUGGAGGUCACGAUCCAAUUACUGGAAAAUGCCAUGAAUUCUGAAAUCGAGAAGAGUGGGAACAGGAAGUUCCUGAUCGACGGCUUUCCGCGGAAAAUGGACCAGGCGACAAAGUUCGAGGAGGUGGUAGUGCCGAGCAAAUUCACGCUUUUCUUUGACUGCACUGAGAGUACCAUGCACGAGCGGUUGAUCGAGCGGGGAAGGAGUAGCGGGCGGGCGGACGACAACGAGGAGUCAAUCAAGAAGAGGUUUAGAACGUUCGUCGACACAAGUAUGCCGGUGGUGGAGCAUUUUGAGAAGGAGGGCAAGGUGGUGAAGGUGGAUGCCAACGUGGACAAGGAUGCGGUGUAUGAGAAGGUCAAGGAGGGCUUUUCGAAGCGGAGUGUGCCUGGAAAGGAGUAG